AUGGACGCUUUACUAUUCAAUUUGGUAGGUGACGUGCCGGCCGUGACGAAGACAUGGGUGGCUGGCAUUGUUAUCAUGUCUGUGCUUAUGAGCACAACAAUAGUGGAUGCUGGCGAGGCGCUUUACAAUUUUGAUCUGGUCUUCAAAAGAGGUCAGUAUAUGAGAAUCGUUUAUUCUUUUUUCAACUACGGCAACCUGAGCGUUAUGUUCUUCGUGGGGGUGGCAUUCAUGAUAAUGCGGCUGGCAGCAGUGGAGAAGGCCGCUCAAACGCGAGGCCACUUUCUAUGGAUGAUUUUUGUCAUGUCUAGCAUAGUUAUCGGAGUAAGCAAGUGGGUUCAGCCGUACGGAUCUCUUGCCCACGUUCUGCACAGAACUUUGAUCUAUUACAAAAUUCGUAAAGAUAUUCAGUUGGAUGACCACCUCGGCGGAGGAUUUGCUUCUCCAUUGAUGAUAUACAUGUGUUCUGAUAUUCUGGAGCUUAAAAAUAUAUAUAGCGUCUGGGGGAUGAUGCUCACAUACCUGCCGGGGCAAUUGUUUUAUUUCUUGGAGGAGGUGGUGAGUAAAGUUUACGGAGUGAAUCUGUGCAAGCCUCCAAACCUAUGGUUUAAAAAAUCACUACAUGAAACCGACGUAGAAACCGAUGAGGGAGUUGAACAGCUUCAAGAAUAA